GGCUUUUCGUCGUGGAAAAUGAAAAGAGUUCAACGGUUUUCUGCGCAUUUGUGUCUUCAGUGACUGAUCAAUUGUGGUGGGAAAUUUACUGAAAAUAUUCCCCAAAUUUGUGAAAACCCUCCUGAAAUAUUAAGAAACCUUGAGGAAGACAAGGAAGAUGUCCAGAGGCGAGAAGAGGUCGUGAAGUUGUUGUCUGUGACGCAGAAUUUGUGCAUUUUUGGGGGUUGAAGAAGUCAACUUUGUGCGCCAUGAAGCCUUAGGAAGGCCGAGAGAAUGAAGAGGAAACAGCGUCGAUACAGGACCACAUUCAACUCCUUGCAGCUGCAGGAGCUGGAGAGAGCCUUCCAGCGCACUCACUAUCCGGACGUCUUCUUCAGGGAGGAUUUGGCGCGGCUGAUCGACCUCACGGAGGCGCGGGUGCAGGUGUGGUUCCAGAAUCGUCGAGCCAAGUGGCGAAAGCAGGAGAAGACCACCGUCCAGAGUCCCUGCUUCGAAGUGCCUCUGCCCUCAUUCCCAGAAUCCUCGGCCAUGCCCACGUCGUCCACUGACAUCCUCGCCGAGGCUGGCGUCAGCGACAUCUUCGCCACGCCCCAGAUGGACGAGGCGCCACUCUCUCCACCGUCGGCGGACAGAUUGUCGCCCAAUCUCUUCAUGGGCAUCAAUUUUGACCAGAAUUUGUGCCUUGAGCGCAGCAAUUUGUCUCUCGAGUGGACAACGCUCAGCAAUUUCUCUCCGUUUCCAGCCCAUCAGCCCACCAGUGAUGCCGAGACGUGCCUGAACUUGCUGGAGAACUCUGAAUCCUCCUUCGACGAGAUGAAAUUCCUGGCCAGCGACACUGAAAACUGCAUCAUGAGCCUCGAUCAGCAGAAACUCAUUCACCAGGAAGCUGUGCAGCCGGACUAUGCCCUCCUCACGAGCUCCAUGGCGUGUCAGGAGGAGGAGAAGAUAGAUGACACGCAUCUGAUUGACCUGGAAGUGCCCACAAUUAAUUUCUGAAUGUGAUUUACAAAAAUAAAUGUUCAGCCAGAGACGUUACACCACCAUUUUUACACUCAAAUUUCUCCGCCCG